AUGUCGAUUAAUCGUGCGCAAGGUCAAACUUUGAACAUCGUCGGUUUGUACUUAGACGAUCCAGUCUUCAGUCAUGGCCAGACGUAUGUGGCGCUUAGUCGCACAAGAAGAGUUGCAGAUAUCCACAUCUACUCUCACGUCGAUACAGACGAGAUUGAUAAUGUGGUAUACGGGCGAGUGACAGAGUUCCUGCGCGAUCUCGAUAAAAUUUACGAGAAUCAGAAGUCGAAAUACCCUCAGAAACCUGCUGGGAAAUGA